AUGGCUAAGAGAGUUGUCGGUGCCCUUACUGGUGCCAUCACUUCCUCAUCUAAUGUUACAGUACCAUCUUCUACUGGACACUGGAGCCAAGAUUCUGAGGCUGAUUCUCAAUCUCAUGAAGGCGAAGAUCCACAUCCCACUUAUGCUUCUCACCCUGACAUCUCUUUGAAAGAUCCAUCUAGACCCAUCUUGCAUCAAGAUGAAAAGGGUCUGGUCCUGGACGACCCCAAGAAGAGCGUCAUGGACAUGUCAACCUUCCCAGCAGAGUUGUCCUUACUCACCGACAGGUUCUAUGAAGCCUAUAGUAAUUUCCUAAAGAUGAUGUUAUUGAUCACUGACGAGGCCAUGAUUAAACACUUCGUAGAGCACUGUGACUUCUGCUUGUCUCACAACAAAUUCAGCGAAGACUGGAAUGCUGUCCUGAAUUUUGACAUUGAGAUUCGUCGGAAGUUCUUCAAUGCACAAUCAUUCUGCGACCUAGAUGCAUACAUGCAACACUGGAAUGAAAUUAAGAUCAACACAUCUUUACCAGCAGCACCCAAAGACAGGGAGGUGGCUCGCAUUACAACCUGUACCCUCCUUGCAGACCAGAGGGUCAGGCAUUGGUGA